AAUGUCAGUGCGUCUUAUGGAGCGAAUAUAAAGCGGCUGGUCUGCGGCCACCAUGUCAGAAUACUGGGCCGGCCGCUCAGCUGUUCUCUGCGGCAGGAACUCACCUGUUCCUCGGUCCAGCGCUGUAGUCUUCCCGCACUGGCUUCUUCCCGCCCCGUCAUCUGUGACAGCCAGGUGCCCACUGCGCAUGCGCGAGAAGUGCUGUGCUUUGUGAAUGGUCAUCUCCUGUACUGUCCGCAGUCUCUGUUCAUCCCCUAUACUGUCCGCAGUCUCUGGUUAUCCCUGUACUGUCCGCAGUCUCUGGUCAUCCCCUGUGCUGUCCACAGUCUCUGGUCAUCCCUGUACUGUCUGCAGUCUCUGGUCAUCUCCUGUACUGUGUCCGCAGUCUCUGGUCAUCUCCUAUACUGUCCGCAGUCUCUGGUCAUCUCCUAUACUGUCCGCAGU